UUACAUCGGUCUUUUGAGUUCCGGGUGCUCGAGGAAGCGAACAUGGCGGCUGAGGGAGAUGUAGAUUUGGACUUGGAGGCUGAUGAAAACUGCACAGGAAAACCAAUAGAGAAGCCCCGAAAACACGACAGCGGUGCUGCUGAUUUGGAGAAAGUUACCGACUAUGCUGAGGAGAAAGAAAUAUCCAGCUCGGAUCUGGAAACGGCAAUGUCCGUGAUUGGAGACAGAAGAUCCAGAGAGCAGAAAGCAAAACAGGAAAGAGAAAAAGAAUUAGCCAAAGUAACAAUAAAGAAAGAAGACGUGGAGCUCAUUAUGGGAGAGAUGGAGAUAUCCAGAGCACUGGCAGAGCGCAGUCUAAGGGAACACAUGGGCAAUGUAGUUGAAGCAUUGGUAGCACUGACCAACUAACUGAAUUUGGCUGAUUUAAGAAGUAUUGGCACAUCGAACUGUUUUCCUUACUGUCAUGACCAUUUUCCUUUUACUUUCACACUAUAUCUGUAAUAAAUUAACUUUUUAACAGUACAACUUGUGUACCUACCUGAAUUUAUCAAACGCUACAUUUAAAACAGACACAUUUUCAUCAUAGUAAUUUAAUUUAUUACCAUAAAACAAAAGUUUUUUCUUUACAAAAAGUGGAACUAAAGACUAGACUCUGUACACAAAGUGAAACAUGUACACAAUUCAAAUGCAAUAAAGGUUUGUUGUCUUUGUUA